UCAUAUAUUCCUCCAUUUCUCUUUAUCUUGCUCUAAUAUAGGUUCUAGUUAAAUAUCUGAACUUCAACUAUCUUCUCCAUUGUCCUCACCCAAUCAACAAAAUAAUACCCAAAUAAAUACUCCAAUUGCAAAUGAUAUUCAUAAUAAUUCAACUUUAAAUUCUGCAUCUAUUUCAACUUCUACCAUCAAUAACAAUACCAUUACCUUAUCACCUUUACUUUUUGAGUCAUCUACUAACACCUUAAAUCCUGAAUUAUACCCUUUAGCUAACUUAGAGACUCCUAAUGAAUUAAAAAAAUUUACAUUUAAUAUGAAUGGAAAAACUGUUUUAUUCGAAGAAAUUCAUUCGACUUCGGCCAGAAAACGAUCUGCUUCAAAUUGGGAUGACGAAAGAAGCUAUAAACGUACUGAAUUGUCAAACAAUGAAGAAUUAAUGGAAUUAAAUAACAACAAUGAUAAUGAUAGCCUUACUGAUAGUAUUAAUGCAAAUACUUUACAAUCGCCUUCUAUAACUACUUCUAAUUCUUUUACACCAGGGCCUUCUUAUCCAACUUCUGAGGCAGCGGCAGAUAUUAUACCUGAUAGUCCUAAUUCCGCUCUACCAUCUCCUGUCUCAGAUCUUGAUCCUAAUGAGUCUUGGUCGCCUUCAAUUCCAGAUAAUCAAGAUGAGACAGAAGAAUCACAGUUAAUAACAACAAAUAACAAUCUAGAUUUAACAGAACCUUCUGCUUUUAUUGAACUAUUUGAAGAACUUCCAGCUAAGGUUCAAACAUAUUUUAUGUUCCAGUUAUUAAAGAGAUCUCCCCUUGAAGCUCUUCGUAUAGCUAAUGAAACUAUUUUAAAAGCUCUUAAAAAGGAUAUCCUAAUCAAUUUACCUAUUUCUAUUGCGCAUAAAAUUUUGGGUUAUUUAGAUGUUCAUACUCUAUGUCGUGCAACUGCAGUAAGUCGAAGAUGGAAUGAACUAAUUGAAAAUGCUUCCGAAGUCUGGGAAUUAAAAAUGAUGGAAUCUAACUUUAAACCAACCCCAAAAGAGCAAGAUGUAGACUAUAAAGAAAUUGUUCGUCGACAUACUAUCAUGCGUCACAAUUGGAAACUAAAUCUGCAUCACAAAAUGUUACUGGAUGGACAUGAAGAUGAUUUGGUUACCUGUCUUCAAUUUGAUGAUGAUAAGAUUAUUACAGGUUCUGAUGAUCACAGUAUUAAUAUUUAUGACAUCACAACUGGUGAAUUAAGACGUGUGUUACGAGGUCAUGAUGGUGGUGUAUGGGCACUUCAGUAUGUUGGUAAUACCUUAGUAACAGGCUCUAUUGAUCGUACUGUACGUGUAUGGGAUAUUGAGCGAGGCAUUUGUCGUUACAUCUUAAGAGGACAUUCCAGUACUGUGCGUUGUCUAAAAAUUGUAAUGCCGUCAAAAAUUGUCCACCCUGAUGGUUCAAUGACAAUAGAGCCUAGUGAACCCAUCAUCAUCAGUGGUUCAAGGGAUAUGACAAUUCGGGUUUGGAGGCUUCCAGACCUUGAGCACGAGCCUAAUAUACCUUUAUCAACCUGUUUAGAAGAUGAUAUAAUUUCAAGACGAUUUUUAAAAUUUAGAUUGGCUGAGCAUGAACACUCCGUACGUGAUUUAGCUGUUUAUGGCAAUACAUUAGUUAGUGGAAGCUACGAUAAUAAUGUUAUUGUUUGGAAUUUACAUACGGGUAGGAAGGUACAUGUUUUAAAGGGACAUACCAUGAAAGUGUAUUGCGUAUCUAUCGAUGAAAAACGUAGACAUUGUAUAAGUGGAAGCUUAGAUGCAUCUGUUCGAAUAUGGGGGUUGGAUGAUGGUGAAUGUAAAUUUGUAUUACAAGGUCAUGCUAUCUUAGUGGGGUUAAUAGGAUUAGCAGAUGAUUAUCUAGUUAGUGCUGCAGCAGAUUCAACUUUAAGGAUUUGGAAUCCUGAUAAUGGUGAAAGGCUUCGUAUUUUAGCUGGAGAUCAAGGGCAUCCAGGCCCAAUUACUUCUUUCCAGCAUGAUAAAUACAAAGUUAUAUCAGGAUCAGAAGGCGGCGUCAAGAUGUGGAAUACACAAACAGGUGAACUUAUGUAUAACUUGAUUGAAGAUGUAGCUGGUGUUUGGCGAGUUUGCUUUGAUGAAAGAAGAUGCAUAGCAGCUGUUAAAAAUGAACAUAAAACGCAACUAAUUGUACUUGAUUUUGGUAUUCAUAAUUUAGAAAGAGAAUAUAAUACUUGAUUUUACUUUUUGUUUAUAAAUUAAAUCUUUUUUUUUUUUUUUCGGGUAA